UCCGGUAGAGGGAGUGGAAGCGCAUUAUGUGGAGGUGGACAGGGUCUUCCUCUUCCUCCGAGUGGAAAAGGGACUCUCCACGGAGAAGAGUUUGGCCAGGGCGGACUAGCUCUGCUUUAUAACUUUUGAGUAGAUCAGAUCAUAAGGUUGUAAAACGGAAUGGGGAGGAGCCACUGUUGUAAUCUUUGAUUCACCGAUCUUGUUAUGGGGCUUCUCCGGAUUGGCAUAGUCUCGAACUCGUUACCCGAUCGCCCCAGAAAUCAUAACGUCUAAGAUGAUUGCAUAUUCUCUUAAAAUUUAAUCAUUACAGCUUACUCUGUUCUACUACUGCCCUUAUCCCCUUUCCGCCCCCCCAACUUGGUGCCCUCCAGAAUCUGUCUGGAUUUCUGCUGUACUCAAGUUUCAGUGCCAACUCAGUUCAAAGAAGCAACUAUGCAGCGAAGGCACAAAGGAUUCAAUACUGGAGUGCUUCUCCUCCUUUCUCAGCUCUAUCAAGUUGGGUUUAACAACAUUCCACCUGUCACACUUGCAACUUUGAUAGUGAAUAUAUAUAUAUUUUUACAACCCCUGAAACCCUUGGACAAAGCAUGUAUUAGUGUCAGUUAUUGUCUUUACAAAAAAGAUUGGCAUCGUUUGUAUCUUUCAGCAUUUCACCAUGCAGAUGACUGGCAUCUAUAUUUUAAUAUGGUCUCCUUGCUUUGGAAAGGAAUUAAAUUGGAGAGAAGGCUUGGAAGUACAUGGUUUGGAUAUAUAAUUAUACUGUUUUCCCUACUAGUUGGAGCUGUAUAUAUAUUUCUGGAAGUUAUUCUGACAGAACUUUUGGGUGAUCCUUCAUACGAAGACCAAUGUGCUGUUGGUUUUUCUGGAGUGCUAUUUGCUUUGAAAGUUCUUAAUAACUAUUAUCAUCCAGGUGGAUCAAGCAACAUUAUGGGGAUGAAUGUAUCCAAUAAAUAUGCUUGUUGGUUGGAACUUGUAGCAAUCCAUGUAUUAAACCCACGGAGUUCCUUUGCAGGGCAUCUGGCAGGUAUUCUUGUUGGCCUGAUGUACACCAUGGGACCUCUGAAGAUGUUCAUGACAGCAUGUGCAGGUGGCCAUAUAUCUCCAACUGGCUUUUCAGAACAAAGGAACAACUACAGCGCAGGGAAUUUUAGAUAUUCUGGUAAUCCAUCCCGCCCACCAAGCAAUUACAAUAUGUAUACUGGUGGACUUACUGAGGAAGAACAGUUUGAAAGGGCAGUAAGGAACAGCUUGAGUGAAAGAGGCGGCAGUACAAGGCAUUACAGCAGUGAAAGGAGGCCAUAUGGCUUCUGGCUUUCACCAGAAGAACUAUCAGCUGAGGAACUCAGAAGGCAGAGACUUAAUAGAUUUGAGAGGUGGCAGUAGUCUGAUAUAGACUAUAUAAAGGGCUCUUCAUAGCUGUCAAGACAUUGGCGGAUAUUUUUCAUUUAAGCUAUCUCUAUUUCACAAAAUAUGUUUCGUGGAAGCUAUCUGAAGCUGAGUGAAAAAGGCGAACCUGCUUGACACACGGACUACCAAAUUUAAAACUCAAAUGGAAAAACAUUCUUGAAAAAUUAAACACCUUAAUUCACUAUAUCGUGAACAAUUUUAUAGCUACUUUGCAUAUUAGUUCUUCUUUUCAGUGGAUAGCUUUUGGUAACUUAAGAAUUUGGUCAAUAAAAGUUUACAGAAUCAAAUUUAGAAUUAAAGAAUAGAUUUGGUCAGACUAUUUUAAACACACGAUUCAUGAUUACAGCACUUAGGAUCUUCAUGCAGAAAGUGCUGAAAUUGAAGAGUACAAUGAUUUACUAUAGAAAUGCAUUUCUCGAAGAAGCAUAUUUAGAAUAUGACAGCAGCAUACAAUUUUAGUAUAGUUGAGAAAGUAACUGCAUAACAUGAACAUGUUGUAGCACUAACUUUAACUAUUUUGUGGACAAAAAGAUGGAGCUUUGUAUUUUUAUUAUGUCAAGCCAAAGUUUGGAAAGUUUGAAUUCUUCAAUCUCAUUUGAAGUAGAUUUUGGAAUUUACAUUGAUUUAUUUGGAUGCGGGCAUCUGUAUUUUCUUAUUUACAGGGUAUUGUGCUUGUGAAUCAUUGACACAUUAAAUUCCAAAAAGGUUUAUCAGAAUGUAUUUGUGCACAUAUACACGUACACACACACACGUACACACAGAUCUAUCAUAAGAAACAGCUGAAGAUUAAUGUGGGAAAAAUAUACUUGAUCUGUAUUAAUGUAUCAUCAAAAGAUUUCUCAAUACACCAAUCUUUGACAAUAUAUUUUUGGCAAGUUUUAAGUUUCUGGAUUCAUAAUUUCAUCAAGGAAAUUCCAAUCUAGUCCAAAAUUGUGUUACUGCCACUUUGAAACAAUUUUGGUCUGCAUGCUUGCUAGCUGUAUAUAUUUUUGUUCAUAAAGAAUUAAUAAUUUAUAUACCUUCCCAUUUCAAUUUCCUUUUUGGGGACAAGCUCAAUGUAACAAAUGUUUCUAUUAAACAUGUAUAUUAAAAAUAGAAAUUCUAGGAAACUAUUUGAGUGUUUGUUUUAUAGAAGGAUGAAGAUUCUCUUUUACUUGGUCCUUUGACGUUGUUUCCAUAGGCAGAAAGACCGUCAUUGAAAUACGAAGUUUAAAGUUGUUUUUGUUAGGACACAGGGAAGGAAAAGAUUACUAGAUUCUGAGGUACGUUUAUUUAAUGUUAGUUUAGUCCUUUGUUACCAGUUGUUAAUUGUGUUCCGCCAUUAGGCCUUACUAGUUUUAUUUUAAAAGAAACAGUAUAACUUUCUACAUGUUUAGUUAUUAUGAAUCUGUAAAUAUAAAUUAUUUUGGUGGCCCAUCCUUUAUCCUCUACCUCCCCCCCCCCGCAGUACUCUGCACGGGCUUCCCAAAAUUGAUAAUACUUUCUAGAAAGGAAAAACUAGAAUUGGCAUAGUUUGCCACAGCCAUAAAACAUUCCUAUGUAAUAUUUGUCACCAGACAUUAUGAUUUGUGAAUUAACUCUUCUGAUAAAAAGACUCUCCACACUGUAUACUUCAGUUUAUAUCAGAUAUUUUUUUCUUAAAUCAUUACAAUAUUUUCUAGUUGAGAAUUACUCUGUGCCUUCUCCAAUAAAGCUUUUAUUAAAAAUCAUAUUUAUUUCAAGCUUCUGGAAUAUUUAUUUUUCAAUGCUUAUAGCACUGUUGUCUCCAUGCUUUCAUAAUGAAGGAUCAAAGGACUGCCACUGAGCUGUGUGCUGCAACCUGAUGAUUUACAUCUUAUUUACAGCCUUAACAAAAGCAGAUGAUCCCAUGCUGAUUUCAAGCUUUGGAUCAGGAACCAGAACUGAUCAUGGCUCUUCCCCAAUAUGCUUGAAAGACAUGCAAAGAGGCUGUGUUAUGCAGCAGUGAGCCUUGGAGUCAGCAAGAAAGGGCCCAUGGAGGACCAU